AUGGCCCCGUAUGAAGCACUUUAUGGUCGGAAAUGUAGGUCUCCGAUUUGUUGGAACGAAAUAGGUGAAAAGAAAGUUUUAGUCUCAACUACAGUGCCUUGGAUUGAGGAGGCGCAAGAGAAAGUGAAAUUGAUACGCCAGGAGAUUCAGACCGCACAAAGUCAUCAGAAGAGUUACGCAGACAACCGAAGGAAGGACUUAGAAUUUGCAGUAUUUCUUAAGAUUACUCCUCUGAAAACAAGUUUAAUGUCCGGAAGAGAUAAGAAAUUACAACCGAGAUUUAUGGAAUCGUACAAGAUUAUCCAACAUGUAGGGACUGUGGCCUAUAAGUUGGAAUUGCCACUAAAUCUAUCUCAGAUUCACAAUAUUUUUCAUGUAUCUAUGCUCAAGAAAUAUCACCCAGACCCUUCUUAUAUCCUGCAACCGGAAAAUAUUGAAAUUGAUGAGACGCUGACCUAUGAGAAGAAACCGAUAAAGCUUCUAGAUCGUAAGGUGAAAGAAUUGAGGAACAAGCGGAUUCCAUUGGUGAAAAUUCUCUGGAGAAACCAUGGACUAGAGGAAACAACCUGGGAAGUUGAAGAAGAAAUUCGAGAAAAGUAUCCAGACCUGUUCUCAAAUUAA